CCGCGAGCUGCAGCCAAUCGGCGGCUGCCGGCGUCGGGUGCACUCGGCCUCGCCCGCGGCCCUCCCGCCCCCGGCUCUCGCUCGCCGCUCGCUCAGUCCGCCGCCGCCGCCUUCGCCGCUGCCGCCGCCGCCGCCGCGCCUCCGUUUGCCGACUCGGGCAUUACUGAAGAUGGCGGAAGCCCACCAAGCCGUGGCCUUCCAGUUCACGGUCACCCCAGAUGGGAUCGACCUGCGGCUGAGCCACGAAGCCCUGAAGCAGAUCUACCUGUCUGGACUUCAUUCCUGGAAAAAGAAGUUCAUCAGAUUCAAGAAUGGCAUCAUCACCGGCGUGUACCCGGCCAGCCCCUCCAGUUGGCUCAUCGUGGUGGUGGGUGUGAUGUCAACCAUGUACGCGAAGAUCGACCCCUCGCUGGGAAUAAUUGCGAAAAUCAAUCGGACCCUUGAUACUAGCGGCUACAUGUCCAGCCAGACGAAGAACGUGGUCAGCGGCCUCCUGUUCGGCACGGGGCUGUGGGUGGCCCUCAUCAUCACCAUGCGCUACUCCCUCAAGGUGCUGCUGUCCUACCACGGCUGGAUGUUUGCCCAGCACGGCAAGAUGAGCCGCGCCACCAAGAUCUGGAUGGGCAUGGUCAAGAUCUUUUCAGGCCGCAAGCCCAUGUUGUACAGCUUCCAGACGUCUCUGCCACGCCUGCCGGUCCCUGCGGUCCAGGAUACUGUGAACAGGUAUCUGGAAUCGGUGAAGCCGCUCAUGAAGGAAUCGGACUUUAAACGCAUGACGGUUCUCGCGCAAGAUUUUGCCGUCAGUCUCGGACCAAAACUGCAGUGGUAUCUGAAGUUAAAGUCCUGGUGGGCUACAAACUACGUGAGCGACUGGUGGGAGGAAUACAUCUACCUGCGGGGCCGAGGGCCACUGAUGGUGAACAGCAACUAUUAUGCCAUGGACUUGCUGUACGUCUUACCGACGCAGAUUCAGGCGGCGAGAGCCGGCAACGCAAUCCACGCCAUCCUGCUGUACCGACGGAGACUAGACAGGGAGGAGAUCAAGCCGAUUCUGCUGUUGGGAUCCACAGUCCCACUCUGUUCCGCUCAGUGGGAGCGGAUGUUUAAUACUUCGCGGAUCCCGGGAGAGGAGACGGACACCAUCCAGCACAUAAGGGACAGCAAGCACAUCGUCGUGUUCCACAAAGGCCGUUACUUCAAGGUCUGGCUCUAUCACGACGGCCGGCUGCUGAAGCCCCGGGAAAUCGAGCAGCAGAUGCAGAGGAUUUUGGACGACCCCUCGGAGCCCCAGCCCGGGGAGGCCAAGCUGGCGGCCCUCACCGCGGGAGAAAGAGUCCCCUGGGCCAAGUGUCGCCAGGCCUAUUUUGGCCGCGGGAAAAAUAAGCAGUCCCUCGACGCCGUGGAAAAGGCCGCGUUCUUCGUGACGCUGGAUGAAACCGAGCAGGGGUACAGGCAGCAAGACCCGGAUGCGUCGAUGGACUCCUAUGCCAAGUCCCUCCUCCACGGCAGGUGUUAUGACAGGUGGUUCGAUAAGUCUUUCACGUUCAUCGUCUUCAAAAACGGGAAGGUGGGCAUGAACGCGGAACAUUCCUGGGCCGACGCGCCCAUCAUCGGGCACCUGUGGGAGUACGUCCUGGCCACUGACUCCUUUCAGCUGGGUUAUGCCGAGGACGGGCACUGCAAGGGCGACCCCAACCCGAACAUUCCGUACCCCACCCGGCUGCAGUGGGACAUCCCGGAGGAAUGUCAGGAGGUGAUCGAGACUUCCCUGGGCUGCGCGAGCCUUCUGGCCAACGACGUGGAUUUCCAUUCUUUCCCGUUCCACCCCUUCGGCAAAGGACUCAUCAAAAAGUGCCGGACGAGCCCGGACGCCUUUGUGCAGCUCGCGCUCCAGCUGGCGCAUUACAAGGACAUGGGCAAGUUCUGCCUCACGUACGAGGCCUCCAUGACCCGGCUCUUCCGAGAGGGGAGGACGGAGACCGUGCGUUCCUGCACCACGGAGUCGUGCAACUUUGUGCUCGCCAUGGUGGACCCCACCCAGACGGUUGAGCAGAGGCUCAAGUUGUUCAAGGUCGCCUCCGAGAAGCACCAGCACCUGUACCGCCUGGCGAUGACUGGCUCCGGGAUCGACCGUCACCUCUUCUGUCUCUACGUGGUGUCCAAGUACCUGGCCAUGGAUUCCCCCUUCCUGAAGGAGGUCUUGUCGGAGCCUUGGAGAUUAUCGACCAGCCAGACCCCUCAGCAGCAGGUAGAGCUGUUCGAUUUGGAGAAGAAUCCAGAGUACGUGUGCAGCGGAGGGGGCUUUGGACCGGUUGCGGACGAUGGGUAUGGGGUGUCCUACAUCCUCGUGGGCGAGAACCUCAUCAACUUCCACAUAUCUUCCAAAUUCUCCUGCCCUGAGACCGACUCGCAUCGCUUUGGGAAGCACCUGAAACAAGCCAUGAUUGACAUCAUCGGUUUGUUUGGGUUCAGCUGCCACGCCAGAAAGUAAUCCCACGAGAGCCACCGUGAAGGACAACGAGCUGUGCUGAGAAAAACCAAAUGAAAAGUAGCUGUUGCUCCUGAUUAUAGUUCGGGGUGAAAAAUCGCUCAAGAAACCCAGAAGUUUUCCUUCCCGCCCGGGGUUUGGUGGUGGUGUUUCCUAGAACAGCUGUCUUCACCCUGUGAAGUAUAAUCCCACUACUUCCUGGCAGGUCCUGACUUUGGGAAUGUUUGAUAAGGUGCCCCCCCCCACCCCCCCCACCCCGAAAGUUUAUGCAGCCACACUGCGUUUAUAUACAGGAUGAAAAUCUGGUUGAGCUAGUUAAGGGACUAGUGGGGUUGUGACUUCACCCGUGGGAAAUGCCAGUGGCACGUUUCCUCGGUGGGGACCGAAUACCUGGUCCUUAACGGGCAUUUACUUUUUUAUCGGAGCUUUUUUUUGUGCAGAGAGAGAAGCGUUCCAGGCAGAGAUGUUAGACUGUUCGUAGUCGACGCGUGUAUAAUGCACUAAUGGAAGCCUGGUGCUUUGGGAACCAGUUUUGUGUCCCUGUGGGUAGUAACUCUGUCCCCGUCUGGCUUGGUAGUCUGUGCGUGCCUCUCCGGGUCUGAAGCGAGUUCGCAUCCCGUAUUCUGUAGUUUUUACUGACCCUGCAAGUCUUCAAACCCAGUGCCUUAAAAACGCGAGGCCCUAACGAAAGGGAGAGCGUGGGAAAGAUGUGCUCUGCAAACCUUCAGGUGGAAUGGUGAGCGUCUUACUCCUUUCUCGUUUACGGAGCGGAUAACCCUGUAAAUAAGCGCUUCCUGUGGCUUCCCUACCCCUAGAAAGACCAGUUUCCUUGGGAGGGCAGCUGGCCUAGAGCCCUCUCUUCGGCCCGCCUUCCUUGCAUCAUUAAGCGACAAAAGAAAGAGUGUGCGUGUGUCAGAAACGGGGAGCGAGGGAGAUCGUGACCAGGUGUGACACGUCUGCCGUAGUCACUGAAGAAUAAAAAGGUACAAGACGUGCCUCGGGAUUACUGCUUCCCCGGGCUGACGGCAAGGAGGGCGUGACGUUGACCACUGACGAAGGGAAAAAAAGCUCAAGAAACGGGAAGAGUGACCUCAGAAGGGUCAGGACAGUGCAGCACCUGGAGGCCCCGGGCGUGCUUUCUAACCCCACCUGGGGAGGGAGGACCCCUCUCCUUUCCAGCCGAGAUGCGGGGAGACGGCAACAGGAGGCCACGCCAUCUCGGUGACCCGCCACGCGUCACCGGUGACAGGUGCUAAGUUUAACGUAGCCUAUCCUUCGGGUGGGAGUGCCUUUAUGGAGAGAGUCUGAUUGACCAAAAAGCGAUUAUGCACUGAAUCGUCUUCCGCAUUUAAUGUAACCCUUAAGGAUCAUGGAAUGAAAUAACCCACUGCCUGUGGGCGGUAGUGACAGGCUCAGCUGUCCCGUUUUUAAAACCGCGUAUUUAUUUUUCUGACCACUUUGCUCCGGUCGGGCUUGCUUCUGUAAAGAGUUGUGCACUCCAGUGAUACAAUGGCCAGGCUGAACUGUUGGAGGAGACAGGGCGCUUGCUUGCAAAGCACAUGUAUUUAUGUAUAUGUUUUCAUGCAAAAUUCCCACCUACGUGGGCCAAAGAGUUUUGUUUUUUUUUUUUUUGCUCUUAAAAGCAAGAAGAAAUGAAAACAGGCCAAAAAACCACACAAAACAAAAACAAAACUAAGAUGAAAACCAACAACUAUGAUAACAAACCCUCGUGUUCAUCUGUGGUUCACAGUCAAGGAGGUGGGGGGUGGGGAAUAGCGUGCCCCGGGUGGGCACGGCUUCCAAUCACGGGGGCAUCGGCGACUGUCACAGCCACCUAAAUCCUGCACUAUUGACCUGACAAGUCUGCAUUCCCUUCGCGUUCGCAUGUGAAUUUGAAUGUUGACCCGUAGCACUUAAUACCUAUUUGGGCUUGUCUCUCAGGUUUAAAUAUUUCCAAUGUAAUUACCUGUCGUUAACCAGUGCAGUUAUCAAUGCAAUUUUAUAUUUCCUGGGAGAAAGGAGAGUGGGUUUUUAUUGUACAUGUUGCAAGGAGGAGGGAAGAGUAUUACGUAUUUAAUUUAACGUUGAAUAAGCCAUAGUCUUUUCUUAAAGGAGCUGUGGUUUGAAUUUGUUACCUUGGGCUGUCCGUUGCAUGUAAAUACAAUAUGCUCUUUUGGAUGUAAAUCUUAGAAAUGCAGGAUGAAUGUUAUCAUUAAUAAAACAUUAAUCCCA